CGAAAUUGUCAAAAAACAAAAUGGAGGCGUAUAAUAUUUUUGUUUGGCAUAGAAUAUAAAAAUAUCCGUAUUCGUGUGUGCGAGCAGCGCCGUAAACAAACGCCGUAAAAGCGCUCAAAACAGAGAGUGCGAGCGGUCCCAAGUCCAGAGAACGGGAUUCGCACGUUGCCGCAUCGUUGCAAGGGGCCGCAAAAAAAAAAAACCGGAGCACUUCCAUAUUCGCCACUUUUUUUUUGCAAAGGCGGGCAGCUUCCUCCCUUCCCGGGAAUUAUUGCCGCUAAUUGGAUUGGACUGGAAAGAGGAAGAGGAGACGGUCGAGGAAGUGGGGGAGCCGGAUCCGGAGGCAGUGGAACCAGGUGCGGCAGCUGGACGGGCGAGCGGGAGUGGACUAGAAGGGGGGGCUAGGAGGCGGACGCAGAGAGGACGCCGCCACAAUGGCCACCACCCAGCAGUACUCGCUGCGGUGGAACAACUACCUGCGCCACCUCACCUACUCCCUGGACAACCAUCGGCUGAACGAUGACUUCGUGGACGUCAGCCUGUGCGUGGAUGGGCGCAGAAUCAAGGCCCACAAGGUGGUGCUAUCCUCGUGCUCGUCGUACUUCAAGGAGAUCUUCAAGGAGAAUCCCCAUCCGCAUCCGGUCAUUAUAUUUAAGUUCAUCAAGUUCGAGGAUCUCAACUCGAUUAUCGAGUUCAUGUACCAGGGCGAAGUCAAUGUGCAGCAGGAGGCGCUGCAAUCGUUCCUGCAAACCGCCGAGCUGCUGGCCGUCCAGGGACUCACCGCCGAGGAGAAGGAGAAGCCGCAGAUUCCAGUGGCGCCGCUGAUCAGCGAGCACAAGCUGAUCAAGACCAUACCGAGCACCAUACGCGCGGUCAACGAGCAGCAGCAGCAGCAGCAGGUGUCGAAUGUGGCCCAAGCGCAAACAGCUACGCAAACCAUCGAAAUACCCACGGCCACGUUGCUGCAGGCCACCACUGCCAGCCAGGUGCAAUCGCAGGUGGUCGCAGCAGCCGCAGCAGCGGCACAGCAGCUGCAGGUCCAGCAGCAACAGCAGCAGCAGCAGCAUCACCAUGUACAAACCACCCAGAUCCAGCACAUCCAAGUGCAAUCGGCGCCGCCCCCACAGCAGCAGCAGCAGCAGCAACAACAGCAGCAGCAGCAAUCACAGCAGCAACAAACGACUCCCGUGCAGACGCAACACCUGACCAUCACCAAUGCGGUGGCCCUGCCGGCGACCAGUUCGGUCAAGAAGCGAAAGAUUACCUUCUCGGACGACGACGACAACAUGUACACCACCGAAACCGUUGACUAUGCCGUCAAAGAUGAGCAGACCAUAGUGAAGACUGCCGAGAUGACUUUCCUGCGUGGCGCCGUUAAGAUGGACAUACCCGAUUACAUUGUCGGCGAGGUGGAUGACCGCCUGUCGGAUGGAGCAACGCCACAAACGUCGCAGGAUGCCACCAACGCAGCGGCGCAGAAUGUGGCGCAGUACUCCUCCGAGUACGAGAUACUCACCGAGUCCGAAAUGGAGGAGAAGUACCAGGCGGAUGCGGACAACGCCGAAAUUGCCAUUGAAAUGACCCGAUUGCUGGGCACCGCCAGCGGGACGACGGGUGCGGGUUCCGGCCAAGUGAUGGAGGAUUCGGGUGGCGGCGGUGCGACGACUGGUCCCUCGACUACGGUGUCUGUGACGCCGGUCAAAUCGGACAGCAAGGCCAGCGGGACAAAUGAUUCGCCCAAUAAUAAGUGGACAGAAUGUCAGUUUUGCAAAAUGGUUAUAACCACGGUUAAUCUUUGGAGACAUAUUCGCACCCAACACACACCGCAACCGCCGCGCAAAUGCGAUCUGUGCAAUAAGAAUUUCAAGAACAAGUACAGUCUGCGUGAGCACAUACGCAUCUCGCACGAGCAGAAGGUGGCCAUCAAGACGGAGAACUGAUGCGUAUUUAUAAGCCUCGGUCGCUUGCGCGCCGGAACUGCAUCUUGAUCUGCAACUGGAGCUGCAUCUGCAUCUGGAUUGGGAUCGAUAGGUUAUAAGGAUAGGGGAGAGAUAUAUAGUUAAUUACGUCCAGCUUAGCGAGCAGCCAGCCAGCCAGCCAACCAAUCAACCAGCCCAUUCCCUCGUAUUUCCAUCAAAGGCCCCCAAAACGAUAAACUAGCCAAAUUUGUCAACUUGAAUGCAUAGCAGAAAGGAGUACGAAGCGCUACUCUUAGCGCUUACCCCCACAUAGUUCUAUAUAUAUAUAUAUAUAUAUCCCCUUGAUAGCCAUUAAGUCGAUGCAGUCAGUCAGUUGGAAGAGUUCAAAGAGUGGAGCUGGUGAUCCCGUCGUUGACCAAGCCAUGUCAUGUGUCCACGUAAUGCGUACAUGUACCACUUGUAUUUUAGUCUACCAAUUUGCUUUAGUUACUUCUCUAUUAUAUCGACGGCCAGUUACAAGCCCUCAAAAUCCAUUGACACACCAUAAUGUAUAUAAAAAACAAACACACACACACACAAAACACACCAAACACCGAGAACACAGGAAUUUUGGAAGAUUUGAGAGCACUUUUUGGGUGCUUAAUAGCUCAGAUAGAGUGAUACUAUGUGCAAGAGAACAGAAAUUCAAUUUGAUUGUAGGUUAUUAAUGUUACACCUACAUACGAGUAUGUAGUAUACCCCAUAUUGAUCACUUUAUUUUAGCUCUUAAACAACCUCAUAUGUAUUUCUUAAAACUCUGAUAUUAUUCAGUUUUGUAUAUAGAGCCUAGGCGACUUAACUUACUCUAAGACAACCCAAAAAAAGAAGAGAUUUCUGUGGCAGUGCCAGCGGAGAUUCUCUGACCCAAUUUGAUUCCCAGGAGAAGCUCUGUACUUUGCUCAAAACAACAGAGAAGUGGAGAAAAUGAGAGGAAAUACCCCUUGUGUACAAAUUUAACGACGAAAUUGAACCCAAUUAUCCAGCGCUCUUUUGGCCAUCUGUGUUCAGCAUCAAAGCGUUAAAGCGUUACAGCGUUGGCAGUUGAUUAUUGUAAAUUAGCUAAAUUAGUUCUAGUUUAGUUUAAGACACCACCCUCCCUUCCCCCCAACUCCCUACCCCUCCCUACAAAUUCGAGCGGACAUAGUUUAGUUAAGUUUAGUUUGCUAUAACUUAGUUGAGUAGCAGCCCACACGAGCCAAGUGAAAACGGAAGUCAUAGCGCGUACGCUAGGAUUAGUUGAAAGUAUUUUCCAAAACAAAACAAAAAAAGAGAAGAAAUAUUAAAAAAAAAGAAAAAAACAAGAAAAAAACGAAAAAAAUAAGAAAAAAACGAGAAAAAAUAAAAAAAAAUAAAAAAAAGCGAGAAAAAAAAGAAAAAACGAGAAUAAAGAAAUCGAAACCUGUAGAAAUCCUCUCCCAGACAAACUCAAAACCCAAGACCCAAAACCCAUGCAUACUAAAGAUAAUCUAGUUAAAUGGAACAACUCAUACGUAUUACUUAUCGAUCUAUGUAUACACAACAUAUAGUUAAUGUUAUAUCUCUAAACACGGCCAAUGCCCAAACUGACACUCCGUUCCCAACGUUCUCGCCGGCCGUGAUCCUCCAGCAGAACCACCACCACCCACCAAGCCAUCAAGCCACCAGUUUCACCCAAUCUCGCCCGGCAUCCACUCACCGUAUUGCGAAUUUAUCAACGAAACAUGAAUGAGGGUUUUUACGGCCGGACUGGGAUUACGGAUCAGUUUUGGGCGAAAGUGGCAGAGAUACCGAUACUGAUUCCAAACCCAAAACACACUAAGUCUAAGCCAUGUGUACGUAGAUUGAUUGAUUUGCCACACGAUUCGCCAGCGAAUGAAAUGAAAUGAAACUAAAUUAAACAAUUUCAAAUUCGUUUGGCUAGCAACCGAAAAGAGACAGAGAUGGCAGAUAGAUAGCUGCAGAGAAGGCGAAAAAGAGAGGGAGAGAAAAUAAAAGAAUUCAUGUAAACCAUUUCAA